CAGUACGGUGGAGAGUAAUGGGGGGGAUACUCAGGAGAGUCUGGAUGCGCUGCCUGACAUAUCUCUGGAUGAGGUGCACUCCACAUCCGAAUCUCCCCCACCUUCAAACCCCCACCCCCCCCAGGGGUGCAGAGACGCCCCAGCAGACGGGACCAGGUCAAAAGCUUCCCUCCUCCGAAUCUUCCCAUUCCGGGCUCUACUUCACCGCCCCCUCCCGUAACCCCGCCAUUGACCAGAGGGUGGAGCAAGGACCCCCUCCUCACCCAAGGUCCCCUCCAAAAGGAUCUCUCAGUCCCCCUAAGAGGGACCCCUCUGCCCCCUAAGAAGGAGAUGGCAACUGCCCAGCUCUCCAUGGUCAACAAGCACCUUAUAGGCCCCUUCCCCCGAGUCCAGUCCCCUACUAGGACCACCAAGCCUGCCGCCCCCUCUCCAUCUCCCCCCUCCGCCGCCGCUCACUGCCCCAUCCGCACCCCCUCCGCUUCCCCACAGCCAGGACAAGUCCUCCCCUGGCUCCAACAAACAGCACUUUGUCAUGGUGGAGGUCCAUAGGCCCAAUGCAGAGUCUGAUGUCAACGAGGUUCGGUCAC